AUGGCUGUGAAGAGUAGGCUCGUCCAUCGGCACAUAACUAAUGAUGCAUCCUGCCAGAUUUGUGGUUGCAAUGACGAAACAAUUUGGCAUACCCUUGUGGAAUGCAAUGCGGCUGCGGCAAUUUGGGAGCAUAGUGACUUAAAAUCGAACCUUAAUGAUGCCCCUAAUCACUCUUUUUCUGCUCUAUGGGCGUUGUUAUACAGGAAGUGUAGUGGGGAGGCUCUGAGUACUAUGGCUGCGUUAAUGUGGGCAGCUUGGCGUUGUAGAAACCUCACCAUUUUUAAGAAUGAAAGGCCGAAUGCUAUGCUUCUUGCAGUGGGUUAUUGUAGACUUGUGCAUGACUACCAGUCCUAUGCUAAAAAUGUGUUUCACAGAGUAGAAAGUGUUUUUGCGCCUCAAAGUAUUGUUAGAUGGUGCUGCCCUACAAUAGGUACGAUUAAAAUCAACAUUGAUGCUCAUGUACCUAGUAGUGGGAUGGCUGGUCUUGGGGUUGUAUGCAGGGAUGCUGAAGGCAGGAUAGUUGCCGCUGCAAAGAGGAAGGCUGCCAUUGUUGAGCCUGAGAUUGUGGAAGCGCUUGUUGUGCGUUUUGCCCUCCAGCUUGCGUACAAAUUGGGGUAUAGUCGAAUCAUGGUGGAAUCGGAUGCGAUUAAUGUAAUCAAGGUUGUGAGUUCGAAGGAGAAAGGUCGUUCACCCAUUUAUUCUAUUUAUGAUGAUAUUCGUACUGAUAGAGCUAAGUUUGUGUUAUGUACUUUUUCACAUAUUAAGCGUUCAUGUAAUACCGUGGCUCAUCUCAUAGCACGAUGGGAAACGGGUGAGAAUGUGGAACUUGUACGGUUGUGUUCUUUCCCUCAAGGUAUCUUGACCUUGGCGGAAAUGGACUUGAUUUAA